GCUGUCUGGAUUUUUUCAUCUCAAUAAAUUCUGAUUACCUGGUGUUCAGUCUGUUGGUCGGGGUACAUUUGAACUUUGUGUCGGCGUUUACAGAUCGAGAGGAAAAAUCAUGGGCCAAGCCCCCUCAUACUCACCAGACUAUGACAGUAGGUCUCUUUGGUUUUAUAACCAGGCUUUAAAGGAUCAACCAUGCCUCUUACCAGAUAUAGGCAUAGAUGAGUCUCUGCUGAAAUAUUCUGGUACCGACUCUAACGGAGUGCUGCAGGCUUUCUCUAAGGAAAUGGUCAACACGGUGCCAGGUUACAUCGGCAGGUUGGGAUCCGUUUUUGCUCCAAUGACUUCAAUCCCACAUGCUGUUGGUCUUGGAGCUUUGGUGAUUUCCUUGAUCAUAGAGAUCAUCAUCAAGGGCAGCUCUCAGCCAAGUGAUCACACCUACAACAUGUUACGACGUGUGUUUGGUGAAGAGAAAGCUUCGAGUGUCCGGGACACAAUGUCAGAGUAUCUGAGACGCCAUCGCAUGUUCAUGAACGAUGACCAGCGAUUACGGGAGGAAAUAAGGAGACUGGAACAGCAGCUGAGCAACCAUCUCACCAUCCUCAGAAACUCCCUGCAGCAUGACGGACAGAUGAGCAGCCGGGGGUUCAAAAUCUGGGUCAACGGAGCCGCCUUCCACGUCCAGAUGUUGAUCCAUGCGGCUCGGCUGAAUAUUCAGACUGGUACACCUGCAUCAGACCAUGUUGAUGCUAUCAAAGCUGCCAUCGAUUUGUAUUUACAGGACCUGGAUCGUUUGCUGGAGAAAUACAAGACCUACAAGAUCAAUUCUAACUUUUUCAGGUAUACAGUUGGUUUCGCUGGCGGUGCGGGAUAUGUUCCAAACUUCUGUUUUAUGAUAAAUGAUGAAAUCAAAAACUGUGGAUUACAGAUUCAAUAUAACUUUGACUGUAGGAAUCCACAAAUGAUUACGACUUUUAUGAAUGUUGUUUACUCAAAUUAUGAACCGAUCAUAGGUUUAAAGAGUUAUUUUAUAAAUAUCAAGAACGACCUCAACUCUCUAAUCCGUCAACGUGGUUCAUUCACUGUGCCGUCAGCAGCAGGUUAGUUUAGAUAUUUGGGUUUUACUCACC